CUCUCUCUCUGCUGGAACGCACGGACCUCCGCCGCUGUCCAGGGAUAAUACUCUCGCUUUCCCCGUUUGUGCCGCUGCAGAACGGACCGUAAAGCUGCAUGCUGCCUCUUCCUCUCCGCCAGACCGAGACCACUGAUCAAGAUCUGAUAUAUUUUCGCUUCAGCCUGUGGGAGAACGAAAGAACCAUUUGCUGGGACAUCUGUUUCCCCGCUUGAGUGGACAAAAGAAAAUCGGAUCCAAUUGGACCACAAUUGGGCCACUCACUGGACCACCAACACGACAAUUUAAACACAAGAAAUAGCCGAAGACUCAUCUUUUAAAAGGACACAUUGCUGACACAUCUAAAGACCCUCAUACCAUCCAGACCCAGGAGGCUCCGCUGACUCACCCUGCCCACCAACGAGCCGGACUUCUCCCUCCUUCAUCUCUUCGGACUCCAGUUAAUCUACUAAAGUAGAGGUGGUCAUUAUUUGCAUUGCUGGUGGCCAGCCCAGGUGUUGCCAAAUGCUGUCAUACCCAGGUGCAUGUGUGCACACAGGCUUUCAUCACUGACGACUGGCAAACGAUCUGAGGACAUCAAACUCGAGGCAUUCGGCCUCUCUCUCAGAGGGAGUAUUUCCUCAUCUGUGUUGCCAAGACGUACGGUUGUCAGGGGCCAUGAGUAGCUGCUGGGGUGACAGUCUACAAAACCCUCUGACGUGGAACACCUAAAAUGGGGACAGGACUUGCUGCCAUGCUGCAAGCUCAGCUCUAAUCACCGUGAAGACGCCCAUCCGUUCACCUCUUUCUCUACUUAGAUUUGGCCUGCUUGCCCCUGACCUGCAACCCUUCCUGAUUUGAAACCUCUGCUCCUCUGCUGCCUCCCUCCUUUCUUUUCCUCCUUUCUACUGAGACGAUCUAAAACAGUCCUAAUCCGAACCAUGGCCAGCAGACUCUGUUUGUCCUCCCUGUUUCUCUCCCUCCUGCUCCCUGCACUGUUGCUCCUCCACCUGCCGGGCACGGUGAAAGGGGACUGCUGGCUUAUAGAAGGGGAUAAAGGCUACGUUUGGCUGGCUAUCUGCAGUCAGAACCAGCCUCCAUAUGAGACCAUCCCCCAGCACAUCAACAGCACGGUUCAUGACCUGAGGCUGAAUGAGAACAAACUUAAGGCUGUGCUCUUUACCUCCAUGUACCGCUUCACAAACCUUACUGACCUCAAUCUCACCAAGAACGAGAUCAGCUACAUCGAGGACGGCGCCUUCGCAGGACAGGCCAAUCUACAGGUUCUCCAGCUGGGCUACAACAAGCUGACCAACCUGACUGAGGGCAUGUUGAGAGGUCUGGGUCGAAUGCAGUGCCUCUUCUUGCAACACAACCUUAUUGAGGUCAUUGCCAACAACGCCUUCUGGGAGUGCCCCAGCCUCAGCAGCCUGGAUUUAUCGUCCAAUAAGUUGGCCCGUCUUGACCCUUCUACAUUCACUGUCCUCAACAGGCUGAUGGUAUGUGAACUAGCAGGAAACCCAUUCCACUGUGGCUGUGAGCUCUACAGCUUUCUCACUUGGCUGGAGGCAUUUAACAACGUCACCCACACCUACGACCGCCUCCAGUGCGAAACCCCUCUGGAAAUGACCGGGUAUCCACUCCUGAGCCCGCUGCCCGGACACGGAAGAAAUGCCCGUUUCACUCUUUUAUCCAUGUGUCGCGAUGGUGUGAUAAUUCCAGGAAUUACCUCCCAGACACCAGAUCAAGAUGGCUCUGGCAUGGGUUUGGACAACCCGGACCAAGGUCUGUAUCACCAGCCCAACACAUCGUCCACUCCUGACCCCAGCUAUAACCAUCAGAUUUCCAUGAGGCUUGAAACUGUCUCGCUCUACACCGCUUCUCUAGUGGUGCAGAUCCCACGGCCAUACAGUAAAAUGUACAUCCUCUCCCAGUACAACCAAACUUUUGUUGCAGACAUCAAGCCCCUUAAGAAACAGCGGGAGAUACUCACUUUGGACAAGCUGAAACCACACACGAACUACACUUAUUGUGUGGCUUCUGCGAGCAAAUCUCAGCGCUACAACCACACCUGUCUGUCCUUUACCACACGAGCUAUGGGUCCAGGGGACCAAAGAAGCAAUCCAUCCACAACUACCCACUACAUCAUGACCAUCUUGGGAUGUCUGUUUGGCAUGGUCAUUGUGCUUGGAUUAGUUUAUUACUGUCUCAGACGGCGACGCAUCCAGGAAGAGAAGCAGAAAGCUAUAAGUGUGAAGAAAACUAUUUUGGAGAUGAGGUAUGGUCCAGAAGCAGCUGCAGCAGUGGCCAAUGACCCAGGAGCCAUGCAACGUCUCCAAGAACAGGCUCACCACCAGCACCACCAUUCAGGAGGAGCAGGUGGCAAGCUGCCCCAGUCUGCCUCCUCGAGCACAGGCAUGCUCCACGGCUCGGCCAACACCAGUUCUUCCCGCCUCUCCACCUUGCCGCAGGUGGAAAAAAUGGCCUCUGCCUUCACUGAGGCAAUGGGUGGCAAGGGCAACUACAUGGAUGUGAGGACGCCGGGAGUGGCAGGGGAAGGCAGGGAGGGAGGGGUGGGAGCUGGAGGAGCAGUGAUAGGAGGGGAAGUAGUUGUGGAUAUGCGAGGUGGGGCUGAGAAUGGGACAGAGGCUGGGGAGGAUUCGGACGAUGAUGGCCGUGGCUCAGCAUCAGAGAUCUCCACCAUUGCCAAGGAGGUUGACAAGGUGAACCAGAUCAUCAACAACUGCAUUGAUGCCCUGAAGCUGGAUGCCUCUGCUAAUGUUGUAACCACGGCUGACAAUGGUAACUCUGUGUCCUCCUCCCAGCCUCCAGCUUGCAUUGCGUCCCUUCCCCGCAACCUCCUGCCCCUCUCCCCUGGCCACCCUGGAGAUCAGAUCAUGGCCUCUUCUCCAAAGGUGCAUCCAAAGUCUCACCCCCAGCCUCAUCCUCAGCCACAUCCUCAACCACAUCCUCAGCCUCAUCCUCAUCCUCAGCUACAUCAGCAGCCUCACCCGCCGUCUAUGGCCCCAGUGCCCCUGGUCAUGCCCCUGUCUGAGCGGCCAGGCAUCAGUGGUGGGGGGUUCCUUUCCCCUCCUUAUCGUGAUCCACCCCCAGCCAAUGCAGUGCGGCCCCUUCAGAGGCAGUUAAGCGCUGACACUGCUGUGGUGAAGAACCGUUGCGGUCCCCCUCCUAUGGGAUCUGUGAAGAGCAACAGGGUGUUCAGUGUGGACAUCCCUGAGCAGCGCAGCGAUCCCCCCAAGUACCCAACAGAGAAAAGCAGCCCUGUGGGUUGUGGUGGAGGGGUUGGAAGUAGUGGAGGUAGUGGAGUAGGGGGCUGCAAUGGAAAUGGGAUGGGAAACAUAAAUGGCGGUGGGGUGAGUGUGAAUGGAGGCGGAAUGGGAUGUAAUAAUGGGAGUGGAGGCGGAGGUGGAGGUGCAGUUGUCGGCCCUGGACCGCAGCAGCACCACUUGGAGGUUCAGCCAGACUACCACAGCUCAGAGCACCGCCAUUCCUUUCCUGCCCUCUACUAUGAAGGCGGCAACGAAUCGCCCUCACCGGCCCAAAAGGCCUCAUUUCUCAAGCCACUGGGCCGCAGCAAGAGGGAUGCCACAGCUACCUACUCCCAGCUCUCACCUUCUCGUCACCACAACUACAACUCUGGCUACUCCUCCAGUCCAGAGUAUUCGUCUGAGAGCACACUGCGGAUCUGGGAGCGAUUCCGGCCUUACAAGAAAAGCCCCAGAGAGGAAGCAUCCUAUAUAGCGGCAGGCCACGCCCUGCGUAAGAAGGUGCAGUUCGCCAAGGACGAGGACCUUCACGAUAUUUUAGACUACUGGAAAGGGGUUUCUGCUCAGCAGAAGCUGUGAGCUGACGAAGCUGAGUCGAAUGCUGUAAGGGAGAUUGGGAGGUUGGAUACCAACAGCAGACUAAUAAAGGGGAAUAGAUGUUAAUGUAGCAAGACAGAUGAUCUUUUCUCUGAGGUGUCCAAUGACAUGGAUCAAUCCCCUGCUGGAUCCAGAGUUAAAGAGGUAUUGUCUCUGGGUGAUUUUUUUUUAUGAUUCUAUGAUAAUCCAUUGAUAUGUUAAGAGGUUGUUUCUGAGGUUGGCUGUUUUCACCACAAUACUGUUCACCAGACUACCUCAUACUGGGUACUUUGGUCCUUGCAGGCUUCCAUACAUAGACCUUCUGAAUCCCCACUAAUGAGCAAAGAAAAGGUGGCAACAAGCAAAUGUCUUCUACCUCAUUACUGGUACACUGUAGCUCAACUAUCUCACCAGACGCAGACCCAUUCAUGACUUAACCCCCCCAGCUUCUAAUCCCAUCAAACCACCAUUCACAAAACAAUCAUUCCACAGCACUGCCACCACCUGCUCUCCUAUAGAAGCAUCAUUUAGGGAGAUAAUGAGGGAGGGAGAAGGAUGAGGAAUUAGGUGCGUUUGUUUUAGAGUAGCCUGAAUCCUCCUCUUUGGGGGAGGACAAUAAGUGAUACUUAUCGGGCUAAUUGUUCUUCCUGGCAAUUAGCCAGUGAAAGAAUGGGUCGGGGAGGGUGUGUGUUGAGCAUGCUUAUCGAUUUGAAAACACCUAACUACAUAUGUUCAGCGGUGUGUGGGCAUGUAUAUAGUUUGUGCAUGCUGGUGUGAGUGAUUGUGUGAGGGCUGGAGAAUAGGGUUGGGGUUGGGGCUGAGUCGUCUAUUAUUCUCAGUCUCCUCUACGGCGGCAAAGUGGAUAGCUUAGUGGAGAUGCUUUGCAUAUAGAUAACAGUCCAGUUGGGGAGCUGU